CCACAACUGCAAUGGGCCGAAACCUUAAACGCAAAUGGUUCCGGCCUAGACCCACCCACAGCGGCGAGCACCACCCAGGCCGCGCACAAGAGCUUCCUAACCCUAGUUCGGCGACGACUCGGCGCGCGGCGGCGGUUGGUUCGGAGCCGACGAGGGCCACUCGGGGCACGCGAAGGGAGCGCGGGCGCCGGCCUCCGCCGUGGGUGCUCGCGGCAUCGGCGAGGACGACCUCCUCGAGGGGUUUCGCAGCCCAGGUAAGCCGGAAUCAAACAGUUCAUCCUCAGACGAACUUCCCUUGUUGCAAUGGAAUCCAAGUUCUUUCGGUUCCUGAAGCUUGUCGGAGUUGGUUUCAAAGCAAGGACAGAGCAAGGAGGCCGUGAGUUGUUUCUGAAACUUGGCUACAGCCACGAGGUGCAGUUCACCGCUCCACCCACCGUCCGUGUCUUCUGCUUCAAACCCAACAUAAUAUGCUGCACUGGCAUCGACAAGCACAGGGUGCACCAUUUCGCGGGAGCCGUCCGAAGCAGUAAACCUCCGGAAGUGUACAAGGGGAAGGGCAUACUGUACAUCGAUGAGGUCAUAAAGCUGAAGCCGGGGAAGAAGCAGCAGAAGAAGUAACACAUGGGUGAGCUUCCCCAUUUGACUUCUAGCCUGUUGUUAAGACGCCGCGCUGCAUUUGUGGUUCCGCAGAUUUCAUGUGGUUUUCUCUGUGCCGGAUUUUGGCAGGCCCCGGUACCAGGCUGGACCUAGUAAUAAUACUCUGUAUGCGACGUAUGUGAAACGUCUGAUGAAUUUGUUGUAUAUGACUUGCA